AUGGUAGCGGAUAAACACACAAUAGAGGAUCUUAUCAAAAGGCCUUUGUAUGUAUAUGACCUUCCACAGGAGCUCCUCACGACGCUAGCCACAAAGAACGACGAACAAGGGAUCACAAUCGUCCAAGACAAUCUCGACACCCCUCGAGAGAGUCCAUAUGAAGCAGCACAAGACCUUGCAAUUGCCUCCUCGACUUCCUGUGCCCUCUGCAAAGUCUCAUUCCUGAAUGUCCAAGAACAGCGAAGCCAUGUCCGGUCGGAUCAUCAUCGAUACAAUCUAAAGGCACAGCUCCGAGGCAACCCCACGCUGGACGAAGUGCAGUUUAACAAGGCAAUUGGAGAGCUAGACGAAUCUAUUUCCGGGUCUGAGUCAUCUGAAGCUGACGAUGAGGAUGACAAUGGCGGGCAACUUUCGGCCUUGUUGAAAAGGCAGGCCAAGAUCUCCCAGGUGAAUGAAGAUGAAGAAGCAGAAACAUCACCGAAAACAAGGUCUGGAAAACAUCCCCUGUUUUGGUUUUCCAGCCCUCUCCUGCCUCCGAACACGUCACUCGGCAUUUAUAGAGCCUUGUUUUCGGAUGUAGAGCAGGACGAGCCGCGACACUUGGUUGAAUCUCUGCGGAAGAAACAACUUGCCCCUGUCAACCCGCAGAGAACCAAUGACCAGGUGGGAGACGGUCAACCUCAACAGACUCCAUCCAGCCCACAUAUAUUCUUGUGCAUGAUCGGAGGUGGCCACUUUGCGGCCAUGCUUGUUUCCCUGGUCCCGGAGAUCCACCGAAGACAAGGCGGCAUCGAAGAACGCCAGGCGCGUGUGAUCGCGCACAAGACAUUCCACCGCUACACCACCAGACGCAAACAGGGUGGCUCACAAUCAGCUAGCGAUGCAGCCAGAGGCGCUGCGCACUCUGCCGGUUCAAGCCUGAGACGGUACAACGAAGCCGCAUUGGAGAAAGAGAUCAGAGAGCUGUUGACGGAUUGGAAGCAGAUGAUCGACGAUGCCCAGCUGUUAUUUGUCAGGGCGACCGGAAGUACGAACAGACGGAUCCUUUUUGGAAACUAUGAUGGACAGGUCAUGAAACAGAAUGAUCCGCGACUGAGAGGAUUCCCUUUUAGUACCCGCCGAGCCACCCAAGGUGAACUCAUGAGAUGUUUCAAGGAACUCACUCGCGUGAAAGUCAGUCAGGUUGACGAGGCUGCGCUCGCCGCGACCGAAGCGAAACAGCGACAAGAAGCAUCCAAACCAUCAACACCUCGACCUCAACAACAGAAGCCGAAGGUGUCGAAGGAGGAUGAAGCUGCCAUGCUUCACACGACUCAAAUCCAGGCCCUUAUCCGUCGCUCGAAGAUCCCCGCUCUCGUGUCCUAUUUGUCAAAAAACUCUAUACCCCCCUCGUUCACAUUCCAACCGCGCGAUUCGCAGCAGAAUUUCCGCGCGCCCACACCUCUUCACCUCGCUGCGAAUCUAAAUUCGCCGGCCAUGGUCCUGGCUCUCCUGACCAAGGUAGAGGCAGAUCCAACCGCAACGAAUGGCGAAGGAAGAACUCCGUUUGAGCUGGCCGGUGACCGCGCCACACGUGAUGCUUUCCGGGUUGCGCGUCACGAGCUUGGCGAGUCCAAAUGGAACUGGGAGGCUACCAAGGUCCCGUCUGCACUAUCUAAAGCUGACGCCGACAGCCGCACGGAGCGGGAACGCAAAUCCGCAGAAGAGGAAGAGGCUAAUCGCCGCCAGGCGGAACUGGAUCGGCUAAAGAAAGAGGACGCAGUCAAGGUCGCUUCCCAGGAGGCACGGAAGCCCGCCGGCCGGACCCUCGGGGCUGUUGAGAAAACAGCCCAGGAGAAAAGGGAGGAAGAGACGCGAGGAAUGACACCAGAGAUGCGAAUGCGUUUGGAGAGGGAGCGACGAGCUAGAGCGGCCGAGGAGCGCAUACGACGAAUGCAAGGGCGAUGA